AUGAACAAAUCGACAGGCGUUGACUAUCUGGAGCCGUAUGAAAUAGGCGAACUUGUGGAUGGCCUCGAAGGAAUCGGAGUGGUCGAAAUGAUCUCGCCGGAGUACGUCCCUUUUGAGAUGCAAUACACAUGCGGUUCGGUCGCUUUCCCUUUUUUUUUGCACUUGAACUGUGGAUGA